AUGGCAAAAGAGUUAAGAGGAUUGGGAGCUUUCGAAUUUAAGGGAGAAGUCGAGGAAGGUCUGGUUGCGGCGAAUCUUUGGCUUAAUGAUUUGAAGAUCAUAUUGGAUAGUCUCCACUGCUCUGAAGUGGAGAAGUUGGAUGCAGGUGUUUCUUUGCUUAGGGGGCAAGCUACGAUAUGGUGGACGAAUGUCACCAUAAGCUUGGCGAGUGGUCAAGUGAAUUGGUCUCUAUUCUUGGAAGAUAUUAAGCACAAGUAUAUUGGAGAUCAGUUUAUCAGGAAAAUAAAGAAGGAGUUUAUGAACUUGAAGCAGAUGAAUCGCACCGUAUAUGAAUAUGAAUGUGAGUUCAAUAAGUUGAGUCGGUUUGCAGAUGCCGGACAUUUUAUAUGGGAUUGUCCAUUGAUUACUGGUGAAUCUGCACCAUCUGAGAGAAUUGCUUCUGCAUCGCAAAGAGGAAGAGUUAGAGGAAGAAACCAGUCUGAAUCCUCUGUGCAGCCUGAGAUACGCUCAACUGCUAGAGUGUAUAAUUUAAAAACAAGUGAAGACUGUGAUGAUCCAAAUAUUAUAGCAGCAAGGAAAUUGUUGCUACAAGGAUGUCAGGGUUUUCUUGCAAAUGUGAUUGAUAACAUAGUUAAAGAAAAAGGUUUAGAUGAAAUUCUGAUAGUCAGAGAGUUUCCUGAUGUAUUUCCUUUGGAGUUACCAGGAUUACCUCUAGAUAGAGAGGUAGAAUUUCAAAUCGACAUGAUGUCGGGAACAACUCCUAUUACAAUGGCACCUUAUCGUAUGGCUCCGAAAGAAUUACAAGAGUUGAAAAGUUAG